AGCAACGUUGCCACAUAAUCAUCAAUCAUCGUCAUUUUCGAUUCUUGCGAGCAAGUGAAACGCUACCGCGGAUCCAAACAAAACGUUUCUAAAAUGCCAAGGGAAAUUAAGGAAAUCAAGCAGUUCCUGCUUAUUGCCAGGAAUCAAAAGGAUGCCAAAUCCGUCACCAUCAAAAGGAACAAGGAUAACACCAAGAUGAAGAUCCGCUGCAGCAGGUUUCUCUACACCCUUGUUAUCACUGACAAAGAAAAGGCAGAGAAAGUUCGACAGUCUUUGCCUCCUGGCCUUCAAGUGAAGGACAUCAACAAGUCCAAACGAAGCUAGGUGUUUUUCUUACAAUAAAUAAUUACAAAAAUAU